CCAUAAACCCCCCGGUCACAAGGCGCCCGGACCGAACCGAACAGUGAGUGCGUGACCUGGAGCCUCGAGGCGCUGCUGCGCGGAGACUGCGUUCGAGGUCAAGGGGGCGGAAGGCCGGGCAGGGCAUCGCUGGCUGGCUGGCAGGCAGAGGCACAAAAGGACGGGGACGAGGUCGCGAACCCGAAGCCGAAGCUCGCAGCAGCAGCUUUAAAGCGCAGCUCGCCGAGUCCAAUUGCUCCUUCUCCGACCGCCUCAGGAAGUAGUAUCCCUUCGAAUUCCUUCGUCCCGUGCUUCGUCCGAGCUGCUGCGUUGUUUUGCCAAGACUGUCACGACCCGGGGGUGCAGUCAGUGACUGCCUCGAUUUCCACUCGACAGCCAGAGGAGGAGAAAACGACUUCAAUCAAUUCAUUCAUUCAUUCUUUCAUCCAUUCUUUCUUUCAAUUCGUGAUCAUCGACUUUAUUGUUCUUUCAACCGAGCAAUCAAUUCUCUUCCUUAGUCGUUCGUUUGCAGCCCAGACGGACAGAUAGAUAGAUAGAUAAAUAGACAGGCAGGCAAGCAGGCAGGCAGGUUGAUUAUCAGAUUACAGGUUUGCACGAGAGUCGGAGUGGGAGGGAAUCAGAGAGGAGUGAUCUGCUGGUGAUAUCUAGGACUCUCUAGGCUCGAAGGAUGAGAGUGUGUUGACAGUUUCCCGUCGACGGGGGCGAGACAGAACCGACGGGAAGGAGAGUGAUUGAGAGGGACAGGGAGAGAGAGCUGCUGUCGAGAUUGGAAGGGAAUCGAAGAAUUUGUAGACAAUGCCGGAGCUGAUGAUGCCCGGGGAGCCGGGGUUGCUGGUGCCUAAGCCAGUGAUCGAUGUGGGAACCAUGGGGGGAGGAGUGGGAGCGACGACGGCAGCAGCGGCGCUGGCGAGCGAUUACACGUGGUCGAUGAUCAUCGCCACGAUGGCUUGCGCCGUGAUGGUGGUGGUGAGCGCCAUGAAGGGAGUGAGGCGCUUCAGCUUCGCCUUCACGUAUACCAAUCUGUGGUACAUUUUCGGGAGGAGGGGAAGAUUGAAGGUCCGAUUGCAGUCCUUCACCUCCACCAAUGGCUCCAAUUGCUUCGUGACCACGAGCGGCGAGUUCACUGCCGAGCUCGUCGACGAAGAAGCCGAGAAGCCUUCGGAUUGCAGCUUCCCCGCCGCUCCCUCGGUCGCCAUGCCGCCCGGGCCGUCCAAAGCCGGCUGCAUUGUGGGCACGGAGAUGGUGUUCAUCUACAACAACACGACCUCCAUCUUCUCCACGGGCACCCUGGCGCGAGCUUCCUCCUCGUCCGCCACGACGAAGAAGAAGAGCUACCGCGAGGCGCUCUGCUGCACGUCCUUCAGCUGCUGCAGCAGCUCGCUUGCGCUUGCGCUCGUCCCGCGCGACGCCCUCUCGCGUCGCGCCCUCGCCGCAAGCGACUACCCCGCCGAAUGGCAACUCGGCGCGCGCCGGGCGCUCGCUGCAGCAGGCGAGUCGCAACCCUCGUGGCGCCGGAACUCGCCGGUCCCCGAAUGGGCCUGGAGCCUGCUGGAGCCGCUGGAACUCGCGAGGAUCGCGUCCUCGGUCCCUGCUACCGCGCACCACCAGCGCGAGAGGACAGUCCCGUCCGGGGACUACUACUACCACCAUCACCCCUGGGACGCGGCCCUGACCCUGCGCCUGGCAGGGCCCGAAGAGUGCCGCCGAGGGCCGACGACGACGAGCCGGUCGCGGGAAUUCGUCUUCCCGUCGGGCGUCGUCGCGGGCGCGGCGCAUACCGCUACUCUGAGGAACAAUGUGGUGAAGUUGUGGGACAAUUCGUCGCGGCUCGCUGUGGGGGCGCUCCCCGCGCGACCGUCGUCGCCCGCCGCGUUCGUCUCGUCGCUGGACGUCGACUGGCGCAGGCAGAUGGGCGUGACCGGCAGCUCGAGCGGCGAGCUCUCGUUGUGGGAUCUGGCCAGGGCGCAGUGCGUGACCUCGUCGCGUGGUCCUGCUGGCGGGACCGUGCGCGUGACCGCUGCGGAGCGGUCGCAGCACGACGGAUGGGUCGUCACGGCCGGAAGGUCGCGAGACGACUGCACGAGCUGCUGCGUCUCGCUGUGGGACUCGAGAGCCAUGAGCGCAGCAGCCGGCGGCACGACGUCGAGCGCAGGCGCAUUCUCGGCCGUCGAGGAUCUGAUGUUCCGGGACUACGAAGUCGUAGCUCGAGACGAGAGCUGUAGGAUUUCCAUGCUCGACACCCGGAAGCUGAAUUCCUCGUCUCCGGUGUUCGAGGUUUCCGCCGACGAGCUCAGCAGUGGAUCGGUGCGAGCAGGACGCCGAGGAGAAGACGAAGACGAACUCGAACUCGACAUGUGGUGGGACGAUGCCGCCUCGGCUGCCUCUGCCACUGACGAAUCUACUGAGGAAGACGUUUAUUUCGACGGCGAUUGGGUUGCAGUGGCAGGGGAUCAGGAGUCUGUCAAAUCUCCCUCCGUGCUGUCACGGUGCUUCAGUGCGCUCUCAUCUGCCAUCUCCCGCUAGGGGAUGUGAUGUAGUCAGCAGCAGCCAUUGGAUUCUACACGAUUUUGCCAUUCAUUCUGUAACAUAAAUUCGCUUACGGCACCAAAUAGGAAAACACCAAAAAGGAUCUUCCUCCAUAGGUCUACAAGGUUGAUGUGAAACCUCCGACACCUCUCCCGCUGUAUAGCUAGAUCACGUUAAGGAAGGAAGGAAUUGUUUAUUUACGGUGCGUGUUAGAGUAAGUCGUUCACGGACUGUGGAUCCGGAGGGUGGGUCAUUUUUUCUCAAGUUCAUUUACUGUAAAUACGAUCUUCGAGAGACGACGAAUUGUCGUUCGGUGUACAUAAAUCGUCCCAGCACAGCAGAAGAAAUGAGUCGGCUGAUUAGGAAGUGCCCACUGACUGAAGCUCCAGCAGGAGUCGAUUUCGACAGAUAAGAGCCUGAAUCUCUUCUAGGCGAGUUGAAGUGGAGCGCGAUGGACGAUCGACACAAGAAUGAUGCCCACCCCGUCCGUGGCGAAUAGAAUACUCCGUGGGUGGCUGAGGGCUCUCGUGCAUCGCUCCGACAGCUAUGGGAGCAGUCAGCUCUUGCAGACAGAUAUUAGACGAGACGAGUCCGAGUUACGCGUUUCUCAGACUUCGUCGGCUCUUGUCUUGGUAGCACUUGUUCAUUCGUCCAUAUCCCUUUGAAUCAAAAGAGAAGAAAGCACGUCUCGUCCAAACACUCGGCCGUGCGCUUCGCCAUUUCUUU